UCCAUUGCCGAAAAAACGAUAGGCAUGGCCAUUACCCCAUGCAAGGUACUCCCGCUGUCUUUGAACAGACCUCGCAAGCGAGCCAGCGGCUGCGGCCAGCCCACCAGUCUUAUUACCAUCAGUCGAAUAGCACAUGUGUUCCAUCGGCCCUGAUAUCGAAUUUGGCACCAAUUCCAUGGGGGAAGGUGAACGACGCAACUUGCGCACCCUCGGGAUUCUGGUUAGGCUUAUGUUCCGUUCCCUCUCCCGCGGCAUACAUGAAUUCAUCGCUUGACAAAGAAGAAAUAAAACUCGUCGCCACCAUUGCCCGAGCUACGUUAGGGUACCCGAUUCUGGCGAAGCUAGAUAGUCAUUUCCUCGAUACUUGCCUCAUCAGUCCAUAUUUAGUAGAUGGACUAACGAACACCACGAUGGUAUGA